CCGGAAGUUUCUGUAGCUAGCAGAAACAUGGCGAACGUAGCGGUUGCUGCAGCUGCGGCAGCGGCGGCGGGUAGGGAUCCUGCUGUGGAUAGAUCUUUACGAUCUGUUUUUGUUGGGAAUAUUCCAUAUGAAGCAACAGAAGAGCAGCUGAAGGACAUUUUUUCAGAAGUUGGCCUGGUGGUCAGUUUUAGGUUGGUAUAUGACAGAGAAACAGGUAAACCUAAAGGAUAUGGGUUCUGUGAAUAUCAAGACCAAGAGACAGCACUCAGUGCAAUGCGCAACUUGAAUGGUCGAGAAUUCAGUGGUAGAGCUCUACGAGUGGACAAUGCCGCCAGUGAGAAAAACAAAGAAGAGUUAAAGAGUUUGGGAACUGGUGCACCGGUUAUCGAGUCACCAUAUGGGGAGCCUUGUCAACCUGAAGAAGCUCCAGAGUCGAUAAGUCGUGCUGUCGCCAGCUUGCCACCGGAGCAAAUGUUUGAACUUAUGAAGCAAAUGAAGCUGUGUGUUCAGAAUAGCCCCCAAGAAGCUAGGAAUAUGCUCCUUCAGAAUCCACAACUAGCAUAUGCCUUGCUGCAAGCGCAGGUGGUCAUGAGGAUUGUCGAUCCUGAAAUCGCUCUGAAAAUGCUUCAUUGCCAAACAAACAUUCAGCCCCUGAUUCCUAAUGCUCAGACUGUAACUGUUCCAGGACCGCAACCUCUCACUCAGCCAAAUCCUCCUGUGUCACAGGCUCAGCCAAUGGCUGGAAUGCACAUGAAUGGUGCCCCUCAAAUGAUACAACCUCCACAGAUGGUUGCAGGACCAGUCCCUGUUGGGCCAGGAGAUAUGUGUUUUGAAGGUGCUAUGCAACCACAGAUUGUUAUUCCUCAAGGAACAAUACCUAUGGACAGAGGGCAAGGAAGUCUUCAGCACUCACCUGUAGGAUCGACAGGGCAGGCUGCAAUUGAACGGGCACAAGUGCCAAUGGGAGAUCCCCGGGCCCAAAUGCGAGGUGCUCCUCCUGUGGCAACUGUUGUACCGCCUCGAGGUCUGCUAGGAGAUGGUCCUAAUGAUCCACGUGGAGGAACGCUACAUUCGGUCACAGGGGAGGUAGUGGAACCCAGUCGAGCCUUUAUGAAUGCACCGCCUCAUCAGGGACCACAGAUGCACAUAUCCCAUGAUGGCCGUGGUCCCCCUCCUGAUAUGCGUGCUGCCCAUGACAUCAGAGGUGCACCAAUGGUAGAGCAACGUGUUCAAAUGGGAGAACCCAGGGGAAUGAUUGUAGAAACCAGAGGAGGACCAAUGAUGGAUCAGCGAGGACCUCCCAUUGAAGCUAGAGGUGUUCGAGAUCCUAGAGCGGGUGAAGCACGAGGAAUUGAUGCCAGGGGCCCUGCACAAGCUCCUAGGGUUCCCCUGGCUGGAGGAAUGCAAGGUCCUGGUCCACAUGCCAUGGGAGCCGGUGUACCUCAGCCAUCUAGACAACAGACCGGUGCAAUGCCAGUUGGUGGUCAGCCGGGAGGUUUCAGUCCUGCACAGAGCCAAGUGACUCCACAGGAUCACGAAAAGGCUGCUUUGAUCAUGCAAGUUCUUCAGCUUACACCUGAACAGAUUGCAAUGCUACCACCUGAACAAAGACAAAGCAUUCUCAUUUUGAAGGAACAGAUUCAGAAAUCAGCUGGGGCUCCUUGAGCAGUAAGAAGAUGGGAGUACUGGAAUGUAACAUGACAUCUGAAUCGAUCCCCUGUCAAGAGGACCCCUAUUCUACUAAACCACCAUCCUAAUGCACCACUGAUCCACUUACAAUACCCUCUCUUUUUUGUUUACAUAUUAAUUUUUUUUUGAUGGUUUGGAACACGGGCCUUACACCACAAAGGAGUUGCUUUUUGUAUACUGUACGGAGUAUUUUUUAGUUUGAAAUGUAUGUGUGGCCAGCUUUCAUAACAUCUGCGAGACCAAAGUGCCAUUUGUUACAAUGGAAUGGAUAAAGAGCUGGACAUCAGUUGUUUGUGUUGUAAAUCUGAACACAAGUGUUUUAAUUUCCUGCUCCCCAUUUUCAAGUGCUUCUCGUUUUCUAUGGUUAUCAAGAAGAGAGUGGCAUUUCCAAUGUGAACAUGUUACUGCCUGAUAGUCAGGACUGCUAUGGAAGAAAAUCUUCAUUUAGAUUAAUUUUUUUUUCUCUUUAUCUGAAUAAAAUGUUUCGAAUAUAAAAA